CGCCACUACUACUAAAACGAACAUUGAAUGUUCUUGCUUCAACAGUGAUUGAACGGAACUUCUACCGGUCUUUUUGACGCUACAGCACUUUCGUAUUCAUUAGACUACCAAAUACCUCUUCUCUUUGUACUUUCUUUUGUAAGAAAAGACAAAACAUUAGCUAAGAUGGAUUCUCAAGUGCGUCAGAACUACCACCGCGAAUGCGAGGCCGCCGUAAACCGAAUGGUGAACAUGGAGAUGUUCGCCUCCUACACCUACACUUCAAUGGCCUUUUACUUUGACCGAGAUGAUGUGGCCCUCCCAGGCUUUUCCCAUUUCUUCAAGGAGAACAGUGAGGAAGAGAGAGAGCAUGCCCACAAACUGCUGUCCUUCCAGAACAAACGAGGUGGCCGCAUCUUCCUCCAGGAUAUCAAGAAACCAGAACGUGAUGAGUGGGGUAGCGGGCUUGAAGCAAUGCAGAGUGCCUUGCAGUUGGAGAAAAAUGUCAACCAGGCUUUGCUGGAUCUGCACAAACUGGCCUCUGAGCACGUGGACCCUCAUCUGUGCGACUUCCUGGAAACCCAUUACCUGAACGAGCAGGUGGAGGCCAUUAAGAAGUUGGGAGACUACAUCAGUAACCUGACCCGCAUGGAUGCGCAAAACAACAAGAUGGCCGAGUACCUGUUUGACAAGCACUCUCUGGGCGGCAAGAGCUAAAUGCAAAGGCUCUUGUGUUUUUGGAAGCCUGUUGCUGCCAUCUUAUGACUGGGCCUCAACAUUUGUGUUCUGUCACGCUAAUCUAGUUAACAUGGGUUCGUGGUUGCAUGAAAUAUUGAUUUGUUCAAAUGCACAAGUGGUGUUCUGAAUAAAAAAGGUUUGGCUGGA